AUGCAUCACACAAAGAUGAAAUGCAUUUUGGAGUUACUAUGGAAUGUACAUCAAAAUAAAAGUCCAAAUUCAGAUAUUCUGUUUUUAAAAACAAAAAAAGAAUUUUUAGGCACAUUGUUUGAGAAUAAUUUCAUGUUUAUGAUGUAUUUACUCAAUAUGGAAGUAGAGUCAGCUAAAGCUCUAAAUGGAAUGUCUGACAUCAUGCAAUUGAAUAUAACAAAAUUAAAGAUACAAAAACUUAUAGAACAACGCAUUUGA